AUGCUUAUUAUGUGUCGUGAAAGCAUAAGUGUAUUAUCGACAAGUUCCAGUAAGAGCGUUAGCUCAUAUCAAAUUGAAGGACAAAUCAUUUUCCCAUCUGAUGAUGAAGCUCUCGGCGAUACACGUAUACUGGUUAACGAAGGUGAAUAUAUCGGUAUUCCUCGAAUUGAUGGAACUUUUGUCAUAUCAGGUGUAUCAAGUGGUUCGCAUGUUGUUUCUAUUAGUUCACCACGACACAUUUUUGAGCCAGUACGUGUUGAUAUAAAUGCUAAUGGACAAAUUCGUGCGUGUAAAGUUAACUUGGCUGAACCACGUAAAGUUGUUGUAGUAAAAUAUCCGCUCCGUUUCGAUACGUAUACCAAGCCGAAUUAUUUUGAAAAACGCGAAGUCUACCAUUGGACUGAUCUUAUUUUCAAUCCAAUGUGUGUUCCAAUAAUCUUCGGAAUAAUUUCACUUUUUUUUCUACCCAAAUUACUUUCACAAGAACAAGAUGUACAACAGAUGUUGCAACAAACAGGCAAUAUUUUUCAACCAAAUCCAAAUAUGUUUGAUAUUGCUGAUUGGUGUGCUCGAUGGUUUGGUGGACCCAGACGACAAGGACGGACAAGUCAACAGUCGAUUGUUCAUGUUGAAACAGAUCUCGAUCGUACAGGACGACAGAAAAAAAAGAAAAAAACAUUAAAGCAAAAGAACUGA